GUGUUUGAAAAUUAUAGAAGCAUUCUUUUACAUCCGGUUAAAUUCAACACAUGUUUCUUGUCUUUUUUCAACAUCUUAGCCAGCUACUAUGGCAGUUGUGACUGCCCAUGUUGUCACAGGAGAAUGUUAUAAGAAAAAUAUAGCUCAUUUUACAAAUGGAGAGAUUAAAGAAAAUCAUACUGAUGGUUUGUCAGUUGGACAGUUUAUCAAAGCAGGAGACGAAAGGAAGAGAAAACACACAAUAUUGGUUGGGGAAACUGAAACUAUGUCAUAUGUUGGUAAAAACUUUGGACCAGAUGCCAGUAAAGCACAGAGUUAUUGCAGAUAUUAUGUUGGCGUCGUAGACAGAAAACGUGGGAAAAUGAGAGUAUAUGAUUCAGAAAUAAUUCAAAUGGUCCCAAAACAACCAGAUUUCCAAGAAGAAGACGAGAGAAGUCAAAUAGCUCUACCUGCUAAUGGUGACAAAACAUAUAAACAAAGGAUUGAUGAUUUGACAGCUAACUUUGGUAGUAAGAAGAAAAAGCAAGCCAUGGGAUCACGAUUACGAAACGAAAUCCAUGGAGAAGCCUUAGAAAAAUCUCUCAACUCUGUCGUAACAGAUGCUGCAUCUCAGAAUAAACACAAGCCAGUGAAUAAGGACAACCAGCAAUCAACAUUACUUCCUGUAUAUUACAAAGAUGGUGAAACACCAAAAGAUGUAUACCCAUUAGAAAGUGUAUUAAAUCAAGAGGCUAUGGAUUCAAUGAUGACUCCAGCUCAACUAUUCUAUGAUUCCAAUAAAAAACAGAUCAAAGAAUGGAAUGUAAAAGAGGAAUAUCCAAAAUACAUACUGAACCACUUGUCAGUGUUGCCUUCAUCAACAGACCAGAGAUGGUACAAGUCUAAGAUACUUAUGUAUCUACAUUAUCUUAUGAAUGUCUUCAUGAAACCAACCAAAGAUUUCAGAACAAAGAAUCCUCUGCCAAAAGAAUGGCCAGACAAAGUAAAAAAACAGAUAUAUGAUGACUUUACAUUACUAGCAGACUCAGGAAAAAGAGAAAUAAGAUGUCUUCCAUCCCGUCUGAAAGACAAGUUGGCAUUACAUAUUCUAGUGCUUUGUCUUAUCCUGGAUGAGUUUGAUUUACCAUUAAAUGAUUUACAAAGAGACCUCAAAUUAGGUGCAAAAAGUUUAGACUCUUAUGUCAGAGCUAUUGGGUGUAAAAUGAACAUCAAGAAGAUAACAGCAGAAUUGGGAGAGAAACUUGAAAUCAAAAGUGCAAUUCUACAAUUACCUUUAAGAUUUCCAGAGGCAAUACCAAGGAAAGCCAAAGCUAGAAGAUAGUGAUUGAAUUAAAAAGAUUUGUGGCGUCAUUUCACUUCAGUAAUUGAUGGACCCUUUUGACUAAGACCAUGUGUAAAAUCUUAUGAUCAUCUUUAUAAAAUACCGGAUGAAAAUAAUCUCAGAACAGUGUUAAUUACAUCACUGUACAAUAUCUUAAUCCAGCUCAGAAUGUUAUAAAUUACUGUGUGCAUGAUCUACCAAUAAUUCAUUUGUCUAGUCAGUAAUUAUAUAUUAUAUAUUAAAACAGUCUUAGUGCUGUGAACAUCACAGCAAAAUCAAAACUGUUAUUGGUAGAGGGAAACUAUUAUCCGGUUAACACAUUCAUAAUAAAUGAAAUGAGAUGUUUAUCCUUCUCUGCAGA